AUAAACGAAACGUAAGAUACAUUGGGAAUUUAGUUUCUCAAGUGUUAUUGGAAGCGAUGGCUCGACUAAGUAACAUUGUGUUGAUUAUUGCUGUGAACGUAUUAAUAUGCGUUCUCGCGAAAGAAGAGCUCUAUUCGGAACAAUAUGACCAUCUAGAUGUUCGAGGACUUCUUGCAAACAACACUCAACGAGAAAGCUAUUACAACUGCUUCAUGGGAAUAACACCGUGCACGUCAGAACAGAAGAAUCUUAAAAUGUCUUGGAUAAGAGCUCCACCACAUUGAUAAACAUUCAAUUUCUGACCAUUCCCGCCGAUGGCCUGUUCCUCCAAGAUAGCCACCAUCCACGGAAACUCGCCAAACUGAGCCUCAUUAUCAGAAUCGCCGGUGAUUCUGA